AACGUGCGUCCCCGUUCUCCCAUCGGCUUCCGCAGAAAAGCAGUCACCUUGCACUUCUUCCCUCCAGUACCAUUUCCCUCUCUCUCUCUCUCUCUCUCUCUCUGCUUCUCGCAUGGCAUCAGGACCAGAAGGCACGGAGCCGCUGAGCUACCAAACAUCGGUAUUAAAAGUUUCGAUCCACUGCGAAGGAUGCAAGAAGAAAGUGAGGAAAAUCCUUCAGCGACUCGAUGGGGUUUAUGACAUAGACAUCAAUUCGAAGCAGAACAAGGUAACCGUAACUGGCAAAGUCGAUGCCGAAUCCCUAAUCCGGAGACUUGUCAAAUACGGCAAGCAUGCCGAGCUCUGGCCGGAAAAGAAAGCCGACGCCGCUAAUUCCUCCGGCGAAGCUGCCAUUGAUACCAAGGCGAAGGUCGCCUCCGCCACCGCGGUGCCUAAAACGGAGAGGAAGCUUCCGAAUACAGAGAAGCAGCAGCAAACCGAAGAGGACAAAAACAAAACCACUCCGCCCCCAACCACGGAAGCGAAGCCGACCGAUUCAGCCGCCGCUGCAGCUUCCGCUGCUAUGUCCGGCGCGUUUAGUGCUUCUGAGCCUAAUACUGAUGCUCCUAAGCCCAACGAAAUGCCGGAAAAUUCUGAUAAGAAAGACAGUGAUAAGCCAGCCCCCGCCGCCGUUGAAAAUGGUUCUAGCGAGGAAGCUGAUGACUUGAAGAAGAAGGGGAAAAAAGCGCAGAGUGAGACAAGCAGCAUAGAUGAAGGUGCGGUCGCCGACACUGCUAAGCUUGGCAACGCCUCGGCCGCCGCCAUUAGUCCACCAAAACCAAAGCAAUUUCCAGCUUACCCUCAACCAAUCUACAGUGUGAGUUAUAGCGCAGUGCAGCCAAGCACGAGCCACGCCUAUUACACGUCCUCUCCAGCUGCGAUGCCUUCGAGCUACACAUACUCUGGCUACCCGCCUGAAAAUUACUCGUUGGAUCCGUACUAUGGUUCGAUGGAGGCGCCGGCGGCGUCUGGGGGAUCUUAUGACAUGUUUAAUGAUGAGAAUCCUAACGCGUGCAAUCUUAUGUGAAUCCAUGCCGGUAGGAGUUUAAGAUUUCGAUCUCUUUCCUGAGUUUCUGCUAAGUUUAUACUGUUUGUGUAAGCCGGGCCUUUGCGUGUUUCGAGGUAGGUUUGAAUUUUGAAUUUUGAAAGAGAGCAUCAUUUUGUUUAGAUUAGUUGCUGUGAAUCUGAACUAAUGGAGCUUUUGGAGGUGAGCAGAAUCGGAGGUAUAAAAUUCGAAUUUCUAGUAGAAAAUCUAUGCAAAUUUUAUCAAAA